GAGAGGCGGGCGCACGACCGACGCUUGCGCUGUACGAGUGCGCGCGAAACACGACUCCACGCGCAACACAAACGCCGCGCGCGCAACUGUGCACUCCCUGCACUUACCACCAAAUACCCGCAUUACAGUGAUAUUGUGCAUCAAAACCUUUGUGCUAGUGAUUGUGUUCCACGGCUCCCUACGUGAGUGCCCACGGAGAUUGUGAGAAUUUUUCUCGUUAUUUGACACACAUAUGACGUGAAUAACGGUGCGGGGAUCCGACGCUCGAUCGACUCGCUAAAAUCGAAUAAGUGUUAGUGUAUCUUAAAAGCAGUGUGCCGGAAUUUUAACGGACUUGCCUAAGCAGAGGUCUGCAGUACGUGGUUUGUAGAGCUUCGCUAUAUUUAAGAGCGAUGUCGCGGUGGAAGGGUAUACUAAGGUAGCCGGCAGAUGGCAGCAGUCAGCGCGGCGAUGUUCCGACCUGGGGGCGGUCUCGACCCCUCCUGCUAUGCCACGCAACGGAUAUAUGAUACGUCAGAAAACACGCGCCCGAAGAAAUGGUCAUCGAAGCUGAAGUUGAACACAUCAGGAAGCUCCAAGACAUCAGAAAAAUCUCCAGAAAGCCCGUACAUGUACGGAACUAUCAGUGGGCCAGGAGGUUCAGCGCUAUCUAAAUCAAUGAAGUAUGCUGAGACCUGGCUUUACGGGUCCGUAAGGACCCAAACCCCACCUAUACGACCUAGCGUCUUCUCUGCUUACCCAGAAGUCUCUGGUCCUGUCCUUAUAAGCACGCCUCAAAAACCUACACCACACAACUAUGCUGUCAUACUAUGUUCCUGUCCUGAGUACCUGAAUGGUACAAAGAAAACCAGCUCAACCAAAGUCAGUAUUUGUAAGAAAUGCAAGGGAUCUCGUUUGCCAUUAACUAUAGCUGAUAGCCCGCAGUUGUUGGUCGGGGGCACGGUUAGAGGUCCUCAAGUCAGUCGUGACUCGGGGUUGCUGAGAGCUGGGACAGUAAGAGUACAAGGUUCAAAAUCACGGCCAACAAUACUUAAGUCUAAUGGAGAUACCGAUCCGUAUGAUUUGAUGAGAAGAAACAGAUUGGCACCUCCACAUGAAGCUCGUAUAGGAAGCCAGUUUUCAACAACGCGGUUGAGGGCUAAAAGUAUAAGCCCUUGCAGAGUGAAAACUAAAAAACCGACCAGCCCAGAGACACUUCGUAAGAAUCGAAGUAAGUCUGUUAGUCGUGUUAAUGAGCUAUGGGUUGAAGAAGAUGCCAACACAAGUACAGACUCUAAGAAGUCAAUAUUGUCUUGUGACAUCAAUCCUUAUGACUUGGUGAAAUCAAAUGGUACUUCCAAAUCAUUAGUAGAAAUUGAAUUUGACGAUGAUUUUGGACACGUUUUCCAGGAAUCUAUGAAAAAUAAAAACUUGAACUCUUCGGGCAAGUCUAAAUCAGAUUCCAAUGUGAAAGCCAUUGGUGGUCAAAGAAUAAGAAUCUCUGACGCGUCGAAAUCAAGUAAAAUAGAUGACGCUUCAGUAUAUGAUCCCGUUGAUUAUGAUCUCAAAUCCUAUGAAUUAAAAUCUCAAGACGCAUCCCCGACUUUGUCAUUGCCAAAUAUUAAAAAUGAAAAUAAGAAAUCAGUGUCUAUCAAUAAGAGUUCGAGUAAGAAAAUAUUAAGUAUCCCUACAUCAAACCGUGCGAAACAAAAAAGUGUCUCCCCGAAGCGACCACCGAGGCGAAUGAGAAAUAUAAAAACUGACGAUGACAGCGAGAGUGACACUCAAAGAUUGUCAGAAAGAACUUCAAGCCGAAAACUUGACAGCUACUCACGUAAUUCUAAACUUAAGAAUCAUAAUACAGAUACUAUAAAAUCUAUUCUGAAAAAGCCAAGAAAUUAUGAUUCCAAUGAAUCGACUCCAAAAUUGGAAACAUCGAAUGAGCUUGAGAAUAAAAGAGUAAAUUCGUCUUUGUUUUAUCUUCCGAAACCUAAAGAUAAGGUGGCUAUUAAUCCCCAAAAUAUACUGAGUAGAAAGCGUGUCCAAUUCCUCGUUCAAAAAGAAGAAACAAAAGAAAUCUACACUGCUGAACUUAACCUUGACCCUGUUAUUCCGAAAGAAGUUCCCGCCGAAGUUUUAAGUUCUAGUAUUGAUACUGAAGAAGACGUGAUAGCUGAAGGAGACAUUGUUAGCCAUAGUUUGGACGAAUCUUGUGAAAAGUUGACAGAGUUGAUAACUCAAACUGUAACAACAAAUGGCAAUGAUGAGAAGUUUGAAAAUGUACAGCUGCAGAAUAAUACAAUUGAUACCACAGUCGAAGACACUAGCGAGAUGCUUAAAAUUACUGCAUCUAUACCUGAAGCUACCAGUGUUGAGGUAGUUAAUAAUGUCGAUAAAGAAGAUAACAACAUUCCCAGAAUACCUGCACUACGUCGAUCAGAAUCCGAACGUAUCCCAUCGACCAUAUCAAUAGAUCCACCAAAGUUCUUAGAUACGAUGGCAUUGCGACCUAGAAGUAAACACGGGCACACAAGCCAAGUGUUUUUAACAUCAGUAGUAGAAAACGAAGUUUGCAGCACAAAUCAAUACGUCUUUAGUCAACCAGAGGCAAAUGAAGAAGUUGUUAUGCCAACGCUGAACAAUCACUACAAUGAUAACAUUGAUACUGGAAAUCUCAGCGAUAGCAGUGAAAUAACAAGAACGAUUUUGACUAACUUACGUCGUGGAAUAUCUGAAUCGCCUGAACCGCCACCACGGCUCAAGUCAAAGGAACGAACUAAAUCUAAGAAGCAUAACUAUGUUAAAACACGUUUUGUUCGUAACAACUCCUCAAGCUCCACCAGCGACGAAUGGUCAGAUGCUAACGAUUACGAACAAAAAACUAUUUUACGUGUAAAACAAUUCGAUUCUGACACGGAUGAACCAAAAACUGCUUCUGGCAUACUACGAUCAUCAGAAAAUGAACCCAGAAAGACAUCCAUUCAAAUAAAUGGAAACGAAUGCUACUCAACUAUGAAUGUGAGCAGUGAUACACCCAUAUAUUUAUCUUCUGUUGUUGUCAAUGAUGAGUAUGGAAAUACGUGCAAUACCUACCAAACUGGAACCACCGUUACUAUUAGUGUUGGAACUCCACAAAAUGAAGUAAAGAAAUCAAAAAGUCAAAUAUACAUAGGUGCCGUACUUUCCCAACAACCUGAAAAGAAUGUAGAAGCAAACACGUAUGAAGAAUAUUACGCUGAUAAAAAUAAAGAUGGCUCAUAUAGUUCUAGAGAUCAGAAUACAUCAAAUGAUCUAUCUUCAAUUCUUAACGACCCCGUCGAAGCUGUUCGGAGAAAUUUGAUUCCACACGUAUGUGGCAAAAAAGAUGAUAAAAAUUAUUCUGAUUGCCAACAAACAAUUGAACCCAAUAAUGGUAAUUUCGUCACAAAACUUUUUGAUGAUCCUUUCUUUGCUCAUCUUGCCGAAGGUUUGGAUUCAGAUCUGGUUAAAAAAUUAAUAGAGAACUCUUUAAUAAAACUCCAAGAAACUAAGAACUCAGAAGGGACAGACAGCAGUGAAAUGACUAUAGAAAAGCUUAUAGAAAGUUCACUAAAGAAUUUGAAAGAAGAGAGUGCUAAGGAAGGAGAAAAGAAAGAGGAAGUGAAACCAAAGAAUGAGAAUAGUGCCAAAGACGAUGCGUCGAAUAAACAAAAUAUGAUCGACUCUUCCGUCUGCCAAGAGAAUGAAGAUAAUAGCUGCUCUGCUCCCUAUGAAAGUAUGGAGUACGAGAGCGGUGCUAUGGGAGUUUUUUCUGAUCUCGAGCCAAUGUCUGACUGCUAUAAUGCUUCAGCGAGUGAGUUGUCUACUGAAGACGAUACGAAUUCAACGAGAUCGAAAUUUUAUCAAAUGUUGGUCGAUGCCGCGUUGUGUGAUAUAGAAAUAUCCAAUAAUACCGACGAUGACCAUCAUUACGAAUCGAUUCGUUUGAACAGUGAUCCCAUAUACGAAGAGAUUGGAGAUAUGCCACCGCCACUGCCUGUAAAUCCGCCUCCAAAUUCUCUAAUGAUACUUGAUGAUGAGAAACGAAGUGGAUCACGUUCAAUAUUUGAAGGAGCAUCGAAGUAUGAUAUUUUAUCUUACUUGGUGGAUGCUAAAGAGAGAGGUAUUGAUGAUGAAGAAACAUACAUAACUAGUUACGCUACUCAUAAUGAAUCUUCGAAUAUGCUCGAAGAAUCAAAAGACAAAACAAAUAAUAGUGAAAUAAUUGACACACAUCUAAGUAGCAACACAAGUCAGUUAUCUAACGCAUCAGAUUCAAGUGAAGAUAAUUCGCUUAUCAUCAAUCAUGAGACGUUAGAAAAAGCCCUCGUGUGCAAGAAAACGUCAGCAGAAAUAGAAAGAAACGAUUCUGGUGUUGGUUCGGAGACGAGUAAGUCUUCAAGAAGUAGACUUCAAGGUAAAACGUCUCCAUGCAAUAUUAUAAGUGACAAAGAUACGCCUAUACAUCUUUGUGAAGAUUGUGAUAGUGCCGUGGAAACGCAAAUAACAGAACAAGGUGCAAUAUACGCUCCCUUAGUGUGCCGAAAAUGUGCUAAGAAAAGAGCAGAGAGAAAAGAAAUUAUCACAGAAAUAGUUGAAACUGAAGAAAAGUAUGGCAGAGAUUUACAAAUCAUUCUUGAAGAGUUUUACAAACCAAUGUUGGUGGCUGGUUUGCUCAAUCAAGAACAACUUAGUGCUAUCUUUUUAAAUGUUGAAGAGCUGAUUGAGAACAACCAGGUCCUUUCGGAGAAGUUAAGAGAUGGACUUGAAAUAGCAAUUGAACAAGGCGAUGAGGAUCUCUUGACUGUGAACGUUGGAAAAAUCCUGCUGGAGUGUUCAGGCAUGCUAACAGCGUUCCAGUCUUAUUGCGUUAAGCAAGCUGGUGCUGCCCUUCUGCUGGCUGGUCUUGAGAAGGAGAAGGAACUUCUGAGGAUAUUCUUGCGCGUCUCGCAGAUGGAAAACGCCGUUUUGAGGAGAAUGAAUCUAAACUCAUUUCUCAUGGUGCCAGUACAACGCGUGACAAAAUAUCCCCUCCUUCUCUCCCGGCUGUAUCGCGCCACAGCCGCGUGCGCCACCGAAAGAGAAGACGUGAAGUCUGCUCAACGCUGCGUGGAAUGCAGACUCGAAGAAAUCAACGCAGCUGCCGCGGCCGCAGCUGCUGCAGCGAGAGACGUACCUCUUUGGAGACGACUUGCAGCUGCACGAAGAACUGCGCAUGAUUUGCAUGUGGCCGAUAUUAAGUUGAGGAAAAUGGCCGUCGAUGUUCUGGAUUGGAAUCAUGAUGACGCCAGGUUCGCAAUGGAGGGUAAGCUGCUGUUCACCCAGCCCAACGACAACAACUGGCGGAAAGGUCGCACCAUCAAGUUGACGCCAAUCAACGCUCUUUUGGUAACUAACGGGAAGCCAACGAUCACUCACAAAACGAACGAGAUCCGAGAGACACGGGAGGCAAGAGAUAGAGAAGCGAGGGAGAAAGAGGGAGAAGCUUUGUUUGCGCGCAGUGGAGUAAGAGAAGCAGCUCUCCUGCUGGUGAGGGAAAAGGCAGGAAGAUAUACAUUGCAGAGAGAGCCACUAUUCUUGGACAGAUGCGUGGUCGCCGCAGACCAUGAACCCGAACAUUUCUUCGAAGUACACGAGAUCACUACUAAGGAUUCUUAUAUUUUUAAGGCGGAAGAAAAUUCACGCACGCGCACUUGGUACCGCCAACUGCAGUAUCACGCGCAAGGCGCUGGCGCAUGGCGCAAGCGAAGGAACGCGCUCGCAAACAUCAUGAUCAACCCUAUGCUGACUAGGAAUUGAUGGUCAAAAUGUACUGUUGUGGUUUGACACGUGAGAGGGGUACAUGAAAUGAUAAGCGAUUAGUGAUGCGGUCAAGAUUGAAAUUAUUUGAUUUGAUUUGAUUUAAUAAAAAUUACUUUCUUUCAUCAAGAUAAAGUCUAUCAUUUAUUUGACUGAAAUAUAAGAAUUUCAAACUUAUUUGUGGUUAUAUAUUGUUCAAAUUAAGGAAUGUGCAAAAAAUAUCAUAUGAAUACUUCGAUCGUGCAACAUCACUAAAACUAUGUUUGAUGUCUGUGAAAAUCGUUUAAAAAGUGAAAGUGGUGCCCUCUGCUUGUUAGUAUUGGCUUGAGACUGUCAUACAUGAGUGCUGUGGUAUUUUUUGAAAUGUAUUUUAAAGACGAAGGGUUGUUAAAAUAUUAUUUUUAAAUAAAGAAAGAACAAUGAAAUGCGUGCAUUUUGAUUAAACUUAAUUAUUUUUUAAUAGAUUUAUCAUUAAAUACAUUCCCGAUUUUUGUUUUGGUUUUCUUUUAAUUAAUUGUAAAUAUCCAAGAACAGUUUGCCACUAGUUUUUAAAGUUAGCUUUACACCAAAAUUUAGACGAUUUAACAUUUUAUGUGCCCUAUAAUGAAAUGUAUUAACAAAACCAUACAAUAUAAGAAGUACUGUAUAUAAUUUAAUUUUAAUAGCUGUGAUAUUCUGUCGAAAAAAAAAUAGAAAAAUCCUAAUAAAAAAAAUGCUUU